ACCGGAAACCGGGUUGUGUCAGAGUCUCGCGAUGUUUCUUUGUUUUCAAUCAUUUGAAACAUGGCGUCUGAGGCUGAGGCGGGUAAUACUGCUUCAACACAACCAGAGACUAGAGAAGGAACUGCUGUAUUCAGGGAGCUACCUGGCAGCAUGGAUGACUCCUCAAAUGGCAAAGAGGGAAUGGAUACAGCAGGUGAAGGCUCUGAGGCCGCUGAUACUCUGACUGGUUCGGGGGAUGAGGAGAAUGGAAGGCAUCUGGGAGAAGUGGAACUGCAGUGUGCCCUGUGUAUGAAGUGGUUCACUGCUGAUACGUUUGGCAUCGACACUGUGACCUGUCUUCCCUUUAUGACCAACUAUGUGUUUCACUGCAACGUGUGCCAUCACAGUGGUAACACAUACUUCCUUAGGAAACAAGCAAAUCUGAAAGAGAUGUGUCUCACAGCUCUGGCAAAUCUCACAUGGAGAUCUAGAACACAAGAAGAGCACCCAAAGACCAUGUUCUCCAAAGAUAAGGACAUCAUACCAUUCAUUGACAAGUACUGGGAGUGCAUGACAACACGCCAGAGACCAGGAAAGCUCACGUGGCCCAACAACAUAGUCAAAACCAUGAGUAAAGAGCGAGAUGUUUUCCUAGUAAAAGAACAUCCUGACCCAGGCAGUAAAGACCCAGAGGAGGAGUAUCCCAAAUUUGGCUUGUUAGAUCAGGAUCUGGGAACUAUUGGACCCUCAUAUGACUCACAGAAACAGACUACUACUACUCCUACAACUGGUGGGCUCAAUGGUGGAUCUUCUUUCUCAGGUGCCUUGGCCCCUGGUCCAGGGAAAGGAAGGGGAGCCAAACGUAAGCAACAGCAGCAGCAGGAGGGUGCAACUGCAGGAGCCACCAAGAGAACCCGCAGUGACCCCUUGUUCUCAGCCCAACGCCUCCCUCCUCAUGGUUACCCAUUGGAACACCCGUUUAACAAAGACGGGUACCGGUAUAUUCUGGCUGAACCAGACCCUCACGCGCCUGACCCAGAAAAACUCGAGCUGGACUGCUGGGCUGGAAAACCCAUUCCUGGUGAUUUGUACAGAUCCUGUCUGUAUGAGAGAGUGUUGCUGGCCUUGCAUGACAGAGCGCCUCAGCUGAAAAUCUCUGAUGACCGUCUGACAGUGACAGGAGAGAAGGGCUACUCCAUGGUUCGAGCAUCACAUGGCGUGCGCAAAGGAUCAUGGUACUUUGAGGUGACUGUGGAUGAGAUGCCUGCAGAGACGGCAGCCAGGCUUGGCUGGUCCCAGCCACUAGGGAACCUGCAGGCACCGCUGGGUUACGACAAGUUCAGCUACUCAUGGCGUAGUAAGAAGGGCACACGGUUCCACCAGUCCAUGGGCAAACAUUAUUCUGCAGGUUACGGUCAAGGAGACACUCUGGGUUUCUUCAUAGAGCUGCCUGAAGACACAGAGACAGCCAAGGCUUUGCCUGACACGUACAAGGACAAGGCAUUGAUUAAGUUUAAGAGCUACCUGUACUUUGAGGAGAAGGACUAUGUGGACAAAGCAGAGAAAAGUCUGAAGACAGUGAGCCCCAGCAGGAUGAUAUUUUUUAAAAAUGGAGUGAGCCAAGGGGUUGCCUUUGAAAAUCUGUUUGAAGGCAUGUACUUUCCUGCCAUCUCCCUCUACAAGAGCUGCACGGUUUCAGUAAAUUUCGGGCCACAUUUCAAAUUCCCUCCAAAGGAUGUGAAGUACCAGCCGAUGAGUGACAUGGGUUGGGGAGCUGUGAUCGAGCACACGUUGGCUGACAUGCUGUACCACGUGGAGACUGACGUGGACGGAAGACGCAGUCCGCCAUGGGAGGGUUGAGUGCAGUUUGAAUUCACACUGCACACUCUUCCUGUGUCCUAACAUUGUUUCUUCUUCAGACAGGAAAAAGAAAACGCCAAACACUGUGUUGGAGUAAUAUAGUGAGUUGUGUAAUAUUAGCCUUUAAAAAAACAAAAACAGUUUAAAAAUCCCAGAUUUUUUUCCCCCUAAAAUCAUCAGCAAAACUUUAGCCAUAAAGAAGUACAUACGCUGAUGUCAGAUUCUUUAUUCAAACAUCUUUAUCCUUUCAAAGUCUUCAUAUAAUAUAGUUACUGAGUUAUGUGUCCACUCAGACAAGCUCAGUGUUGUGCAACGGCCGUCUCCACAAUCCUGAGUAUGUUCCAUCAUUCUGCUCCAUUUACAAUGUGCUUGUUGGUAAUUCACCGUUUUAUACUCUGUGUUAGUAAAUAAAAAUGAUCACAUGUCGUUGA